UUACAUUUGGUCCUAAAAUAAUGUUGCGUUGAAAAUCUGGGGUUUACUCUCUCUCUCUCUCUCUCUGGAACUGAGUAUGUCUUCUUCAUCAUCAUCAUCGUCAUCCACUAAUUCUUCUUCAUCAUCAUCGACUGUAAAUUCAAACUAUUCAAUGCAAACCCUAAUUCCAGGUUUACCAAAUGAUAUUUCAACCUUAAUCAUAUCAUUCGUACCUUACUCUCAUCAUUCUCGUUUAAAACCAGUUUCAAAAUCAUGGAAACAUUUCCUCUCGUCAAAAAAAACCAUAAUCACACUUCGCAACAAUCAUUUCAAAUCAUCAAAUCUUCUUUGUAUUUUCCCACAAGAUCCUUCAAUUUCUCCUCCAUAUCUCUUUGAUUUUCAGAAUCGGUCUUGGUGUCCUCUUCCUCCUAUGCCUUGUAAUCCUCAUGCAUAUGGUCUUUCGAAUUUCAUUUCAAUCUCGUUAGGGCAUCAUAUAUAUGUACUUGGUGGAUCAGUAUUUGAUACUAGAUCGUAUCCGAUGGAUACACCAACACCGUCUUCUUCUGUGUUUCGUUUAGAUGUUUGCAACAAUUUUAAUACGUGGGAGAAAUUAGCACCUAUGAUUUCUCCGAGAGGUAGUUUUGCUUGUAUUGGGAACCCUAAGUGUGGUCAAAUUCUGGUUGCUGGUGGUGGUUCAAGACAUCCUAUGUUUAAUGCUGCUGGGAGUAGGUUGAAUUCAGUCGAGUGUUAUAGUGUUGAGAAAGAUGAGUGGAUUGCUUUAGAUGGAUUACCUAGAUUUCGUGCUGGAUGUGUUGGUUUUUUGGUGGGAAAGGGGGAAGAAAUGGAGUUUUGGGUUACGGGUGGAUAUGGUGAAUCUAGAACUGUAUCUGGAGUUUUUCAUGUGGAUGAAUAUUAUAGAGAUGGAGUAAUCUUAGAAUUGAAGAAUGGUGGGAAAUGGAAGGAGAUUGGGGAUAUGUGGGGAGAAGGGGAGAGGAGGAAACUUGGAAGUGUUGUUGUCCUGGAUGAUGGUGGAAAUAGGGAUAUGCCAGUGGUAUAUAUGCUUGAUGGAUAUGACAUUUUCAGAUAUGAUAGUUCUGCAAAUAGAUGGGUGAAAGAGUCGAGCGUACCAAGGAAAUCCCGGAUUGACUCAUCUUUGGGAUUUGGAUUUGUUGCAUUAGAUGGAGAACUGCAUGUUAUGUCCUCAUUGAAGUCAAUGGUACCCGCAGUAAACAGAAGGCAGCGUUACCACAAGAAAUGUGCUACGCUUUUCAUUCAAACUUACAGCCCUAAGAGGAGAGCCUGGAGAUCUCUGACAACGAAGACACCUUUCCAAUCCCCCUUGGACUUUAAUACAGCAGUAAUGUGUGAAAUCCAACUCUAGCACCUACCACACCUCACUCAUUUAGCUGCCAGUAUAUACAGCAGUCAUAAACCUUUGGUCUUAAUCAGCAGUUAAUCUAGAUUUGUUUAUUGUGUAGCUCCCAUUAACCGUGUGUUCAUCUUCCUAUUGUUAUCAAUGUACAAAAUAUGUUAAAUGGAUCCUGUCAGUAUAAUACUAGUAUAUACAUAAAUAUUCUAUAUGAUACCUGUUCAUUUAU